AUGAACAUGCUUGGAGCUGAUCCCUUCUUGCCACAAUCCAUAUCAUCUUUAGCAGAAGAAGUCCUGAUUAAGAAGCUGCUGCUUAGUCAUGAUCCGGAUGGUCGUCAUUUUGAUUCUGAGCUAUUUUUAUGUGCUGUGGAGAACACCAUGCUAUGUACUACAGCAGAAGAGGUUCCUGAUGAUGUAAAUUUAGUAAAUAACAUGGAAGUGGUCGGAUUAGAAGAACCGCUUGGAAAGACCUUUGGUAAAAUUUCACAUGAGAUACUUUGCAAGUGGCCUGAUGAAGAAGAUCUACACGAGAGAACAAUGAUAUUAUUUGAUUUGCUUGGAAGUUACAAGUGGGAUGCAAAAGUGGUAUUAGUACUUGCACCUUUUGUAGCAAGUUACGGUGAAUUUAGGCUCCUAAUACAUCUUUGCUCAAGUAACCCCUUGGCAUUAUCAGUAGCGAUGCUUAAGCAAUUGCCUGCUGACUUGAGUCCUUUGAAGCCUCGGUUCAAGGCCUUGAGUUUGUUAGUCAAUGCAAUGGUGGAUGUAACAAAGUACAUCAUCAAUUUUGAAAAGCUACCCCUUUCACAUGUGGAGUUGGAUCAUGAGGCAAAGUAUUAUUUCUUGAAGUAUUCAGAUUCAACAAUAAUUGCAACAUGGGAGAUCUUAAGUUUGGUGUAUCGCCUGCGCAGCAUUUACAGUCACCUCAGACAGCAGGUGGAAAUCUGUCAUCAGCAAAUAGAGACAAAGCUAUACUGGAAGCUGAUGAAUGUCUUUAAGGAAACUCAUGUGGACAACCAAGAGGUGCUUAGCCUCUUAUUCGCUAUGAGGGAUGACUUGCCACUCAAGGAUUGCUCCUCACAAGCAAAGAACUGCAUAUAG